AUGACAGAUAAUUGCUUAAUUGCUCACGAACUGGUGGGUGGAAUUAAGCAAAGAACUAAAGGAAAGCUUCAUUUAGCGGCCCUGAAGAUUGAUAUGUUCAAAGCUUAUGACAAGGUUGAUUGGGAUUUUCUUGAUUGGUUACUUUCUCAGAUGAGGUUUCCCGCUAUUUGUCAUCAUUGGAUCAUGCAGUGUGUCACAACGGUGUCUUACUCAAUCCUUAUAAACGGAGAGCCAUCAAAAAGAUUCAUUCCAUCGUGUGGUCUCAGACAGGGAGAUCCUCUAUCUUCAUAUCUUUUUAUUCUUGUUAUGGAAAUUUUAUCUAGAAUGCUAGUAAAAGGAACUGAGGAUAAAAUUUUCCAGGGAAUUAAACUCAGUAGAACUGGACCAGCUGUUUCUCAUUUAUUUUUUGCAGAUGACUCCCUAAUUUUCUUUAAAGCCUCACCUGAAGCUUGCGAAGGAGUUAAAAACAUUCUGGCAAAAUUCAGUAGAAUUUCGGGAGAAGUCAUCAAUUAUCACAAAUCCCUCAUUAUGUUCAGCCCAAACACCCCAUUGGAUCUUCGUAAUCAAAUGAGAAGCAUUGUUAAUACUCCGUCUGCAGAUUCCAUAGGGAAGUACUUGGGAUGUAACAUCGAAGUCAAUGGAAGAAAUACCAGACAAUUCCACCCUUUGAUUGAAAAGGUCGAGCAACGCCUCUCGAGCUGGCAUCAUCUCUCUCUUUCAAUAGCUGGUCGAGUCAUGCUCAUAAACAGUGUUCUUUCCAUGCUUAGCCUACAUAUUCUAAGUGUAUUCCUCAUUCCCAAGACAACGGCAGGCAAGCUAAACUCAAUUUUUGCCCGCUUCUUGUGGGCGGGCUCCCGGGCUUCAAAACCAAUUUACUGGAUAAAUAAGUCUACCCUGGAGCUUCCUAAAGGUGGAGGAGGGUUAGGAAUUAGAAACGUCAAUCUUUUUAACAAGGCCCUCCUUACAAAACAAGCUGUCAGGAUCCACAAUUCAAGUCAUUCCUUAAUAUCCCAGAUUUACUGCGCUAAAUACAGAAAUUCUCCGGUCAACUUGGUUCUACAGAAGCACAAACUAGGGAAAACUUCCUGGGGAUUUAGGGGACUCUGCAGAGCAAUUCAAGAAUGUUCAGAAGGAUUCGCUAAAGUAAUUGGAAAUGGUGCAGACACAUACAUCCUCAAGGAAAAGUGGUUGAAGGGCGUUGGUAUUGAGACAAAGCAGGGCAUCGAUUUGGAAGCUCUUGGACUUCAAAAAGUAAGAGACCUGAUGCAUGCAUCUCAAAAUUCCUGGAACCCAGCCCUUAUAUGGAAAGUCUUCUCAACUAGUACCGCUAUUCAAAUUCUUUCCACUCAUAUUCCUACGGAGGAGUGUCAAGAUCAUUUUAAAUGGAUAGGAUCCAAGUCGGGGGCUUUGAGAGUGAAGGAUGUAUACGCCCAUCUCCUGAUGAGUAAAGGAAGGUUAGGAUUGAAUCAAAAUGAUACUCGUUUUUGGAGUAAGCUAUGGGCUACAGAUCUACUUCCUAAAUGGAAGUUCUUUGUGUGGAGACUGCUUCAUAAGGCUUUAGCCACCAACUCCAAUCUGAUUAAGAGAAAAGUUGAUCUGCAAAAGGAAUGUUAUAUUUGUCAUCAACAUAUGGAAGAUGAAAGCCAUUUGUUUCGAGAUUGUGAUACUGUGACCCGUAUUUGGUCGAGCUCUAAUCUUGGUAUCAAGACGUCCUCUAGUAAAUUCAUUCCCUUCGGAGAAUGGAUAAAAAAUUUUCUCCAGUUUUUCUGGAAAAUUGAAGGAGUGAAAUCUGAAAGAGCUAACGUGUUCGUAGCCACUCUCUGGUCGAUAUGGAUCUACAGGAAUAACAUUGUAUUCAGACACCUAUAUGAGAAUCCAAUAACAAUUCUAAAACGAACAAAUGACCUGGUGAAGGAGUUUAGUGAGAGCAACAGAUUAAAGGAAUCUUACAGGUCCAAAACCUCUUUUAAUGUUGAUGGCCAGCAGAGAAAUUUCAGUUUACCAGGAAGUUCUAGUCAUCAAGGUAUAUGUGUCAUCCUUGUGGAUGGAGCUUGGAAAAGAUACAGUAAUAAAUUUCCAAGAGCAGGGAUUGGUUGGGCGGCCUAUGUAAAUGAAGAAAAGCUUUUCGAAGGAAAUGAAAUGGUCAUGGCAUCGUCAGCUCUUCUAGCGGAAGCCCUUGCAAUUCAUAAAGGACUUUACGAAGCGCAGUUCAAAGGCAUCAGACAUCUUCAAAUCCACUCAGAUUCUAAGGAAGUUGUACGUGCCUGUGAGAGUCAAGAUCAGGCUUUUGAAAUAACUCCCAUUAUUUCAGAUAUCAUGGCCAUUCGUAGUAAGUUCACUUACUGUGAGAUAAAGUAUGUAAGUAGAUUGGAUGUUACCCCGGCCCACAGAUUGGCUGUAGCUGCUAGACUAGGUUUUCGUGCACCACCGCCAUGGCAAGGAAAAUCAGAGCUAAAUAUCAAGGAAAAAUCAUGGAGUUGGAAGCUUAGAACCAAGAAAAUGUGGGUUCCAAAGCCAACUGAUCCACUGAUUAUUGAAAAGCCUAGUUUAGUGCCUGUUCAGAAAGUUGUUGAGUUUGAUCAGGUUGGCUUUCAACGUUCUCUUAAGCCUAUCAAGGGAGAAUAUGCUACUAUAUACCUCAUGAUGCAAGCUUUCAAAUUAUUCUCUAAUACUUCUGGUUUGCAAGCAAACAAAAAGAAGUGUUCUUUCUAUUGUAUGAGUGUUUUGAAGGAGGUUGUCAAGCUUUGCAGGGCUUUUCUUUGGAGUGGGCAGUCUUAUAGCAAUAAACCUGGAAAUAUAGCUUGGGAGAAUUUGUGUACUAGCAAACAGGAUAAUGUUUGGGAGAAUAUGGCUUGGAAUCAGGAAUGUUGUUUUGUGUAA